GUCCAAUUGUUGCACUAUUACUAGAACGGAGGAAGUAUUACACUUUCAAUUUUUUUUUUAAAUUUAAUUUCUUUUUUGCCAUAUUAUAAUAAAGUAACAUUAAAAAAUACAAAUAUUCUUAAAAUAUCAAUUUAUAUCGGGCUGGUUUAAAUUUUGGACAGAUUUUAUUGAUCAAGUUCUGGCACAACUAGUCCGAUAUCUAAAUCUCGAAUUUUAAUAUCUACUUCGUAUAUUUUUUAGAGAGCGCCACAAGAGCAAAUGAUGUGUAGAUGGGUGAUCCUAAGUUUAAAUACCACCCCUCAAAAAUUAAAUCAACUAAACCUAGUUGAUCAUCCACUUAAAUUUUAGAUAUUGACUAUUGAUUUGACGCAAGUUUUUCUUCAUAUUGAUAAGUACAUAUUUCUAGAAGUCAAGGCUCAAAAGGAGCUAAAAUGUUACAUAUCACAAAGUACAUAGUAUCAUACAUGAUUAUGUAGCACAAAAUUACGUAUCACAAAGUACAGAGUAUCAUACAUGAUUGCGUAUCACAAAGUGUAGAGUAUCAUAUAUGAUUACGCAUCACUAAAUGCAGAGUAUCAUACAUGUUUUUUUUUAUUUUGAUGUAUCAUACAUGAUACGGAGUGUAAUUUUAAAGGAAAAAAAAUAUAUCAUUCAAGAUUUUUUAAAAAGGAAAAAAAAAAAUCGAACAUGAUUGCAUACUCUAUCCUUUAUGGCUGUAUUGCUUCCAAAAAAAAAAAAAAAAAAAAAAAAAAAAUUCCUGGAUGGCUGUCUACAAAAUUAUAAAAUAAAAUAUACAAAUCCAUUAAAAUUUUUGUAUUCUGUCCUUUAUAUAUAAAGCAAUGAUAUCUGUUUUGCUUGAAUAUUUUCUAUCCUCCCCAAUCAAAACAUUUUCUAUCCUCCAUUAAGACACACAAAGAAAAAAGUAUAUAAAAAAUUCCCAUACAUUAUUUGUUUCAUAUCAACAAUCAAGAAUUCAAGAUGCCAGUUCAUCAAUCGGCAUUGGAAGAGACACUUCAACCAAAUGCCGAUCAUGUAGAUAUGGGAAGCACCUCUCUUCCCACUAAAAGGUUGGGAGGAAAAGUUGCAAUUGUCACAGGAGGAGCAGGAGGUAUAGGAGAAACAGUUGUGAGACUCUUCGCAAGCCAUGGUGCUACGGUAAUCAUAGCCGAUGUCUUGGACACCCAAGGCAUGACCAUAGCCGACUCGUUAUCCCCUACCGUGACCUACAUCCAUUGUGAUGUUAGUAAAGAAGAAGACGUCGAAAAGUUGGUCAAGAACACAAUUGCUCUCUAUGACAAGCUAGAUAUCUUCUUUAACAAUGCCGCAAUCUUAGGCCAACAAAAAGUCAAGAGCAUCAUGGAUUUCGAUGGUGAUGAAUUUGAUAAGAUAAUGAGUGUAAAUGUAAAAGGCAUGGCCCUUGGGACUAAAUACGCCGCUAGGGCCAUGGUCCCUAGGAAAAGUGGUUGCAUAAUCUCCACCUCUAGUGUAGCCGGGGUCCUUGGUGGGUGCGGACCCCAUUCCUACACAGCCUCAAAGCACGCAAUUGUAGGUCUAACAAAGAAUGCAUCAUCGGAACUUGGAAAGUAUGGGAUUAGGGUAAAUUGUAUCUCCCCUUUUGGUGUAGCAACGUCCAUGCUAAUUAAUGCAUGGCGUGAUGACGAGGAAGAAGAGCACGUCGACGAUGUGUCAAGGGUGCAACAAGUGGAAGAGAUGGUUAAAGGGUUGGCUAAUUUGAAGGGUGCAACACUUAAGGCUCAAGAUGUUGCCGAGGCUGCACUCUUCUUAGCCAGUGACGAGUCCAAAUAUAUAAGUGGUCAUAACCUUGUUAUAGAUGGAGGUUUUACUACCUCAAGAAAUUGUAUUGGCUUGUAA